UGACUUCUCCGACACUCAUCUCUCGACGGUCGAUCGAAACAGAUCGCGGGUCAUGAGAGCAUCGACCGUCGAAGAAAUCCUAUCGACACUAGCGACAAUCGAAAACUUUCGACGAAUUUGAAAAAAUCCCUAUAGUUUUACUGAAACCAUGGGUGUUAUCGAACCAGAAAAUUUGAGACCGAAGGGUCUGGGCGUGCGUCAUGGUCAGACGCUGCUCCUCUUCUUCGCGAUGCUGCUGGCAUUCACCAUGCGGGUCAACAUGAGCAUGGCCAUCGUCGAUAUGACGGAUGAGGACAAACCUGGGCAUUUCACCUGGAGCCACACCGUGCAGUCGGUCAUCCUGUCCUCGUUCUUCUGGGGCUACGUGGUGCUGCAGAUUCCGGCUGGUGAGCUCGCCAGCAGGUUCGGCGGCAAGUUCCUGAUCACCACCGCCAUCGCUGUCAAUUCGGUGUUGUCACUGUUUAUACCCAUCGGGGCUAGUUUGGGAGGCUGGAAACUGGUGUGCUGCUGCCGAGUUCUGCAGGGUCUGACGCAGGCGUUCGUGUAUCCUUCCAUGCACCACCUUGUGAGCCAGUGGAUACCCCUUGAGGAGAAGGGAUUACUCAGCACCAUCAUAUAUGCUGGUGGUCAGCUGGGCAUAGCUCUACAGCUAAUCGCAGCUGGCUUCCUGGCGACGAGUCUGGGCUGGCCCGUCAUCUUCUACGUGAACGGCACCCUGGGCCUCAUCUGGACAGCAGCCUACCUGUUCUUCGGCUCCGGAUGUCCUGAGCAGUCAAAACUGAUCUCCGAUGAAGAGUUGCAGUACAUACAGACGUCUCUUGGAAGAGUUGGGGAGCAUAAGAGGUUCCCAACACCCUGGAAGUCGAUCGUGACGUCACUCCCCUUCUGGGCGGUGAUCGUGGCGCACUGCGGCCAGAACUGGGGCUUCUUCACGCUGAUGACCGAGAUGCCCACCUACAUGGCCAAGGUCCUUGGCAUGCACCUCACCAGUAAUGGAGUAUUAUCCUCGCUGCCAUACUUGGCAAUGUACGUGCUGAGCUUCCCGAUGGGGGCAAUGACCGACCUCAUCAUCAAGAAGAACUGGCUCAGCGUCACCGCCACCAGGAAACUUUUCAAUACUAUUGGACUCUGGGGCCCAGCGAUAGCCCUGAUCGGUCUAUCGUACACUCCUGCUGGUAAUAUGGUGCUGGCGGUGGCAAUGUUAACCAUCACCGUCGGCAUUAAUGCUGGCCAGUACACCGGGUACAUGUUGGUUCACAUCGACUUGGCUCCCAACUUCAGUGCUUGUUUGAUGGGCGUCACCAACUGUUUGGCCAACAUCGUCUCCAUCAUCGCUCCUUUGGUCUGCGGGAUUAUAGUCACUGAUGAGAAAGACCCAGCGGAGUGGCGGAAGGUGUUCUUCGUGGCGUCAGGGAUAUAUUUCUUCUGCAACCUAUUCUUCAUAUUGUUCAGUACUUCAGAGAGACAACCCUGGAACGAACCGAAGAAACACGAUGACGACGUCGAAAUGAAGACUCCAGAAAAAUCUGAGGUGAAGUAUUGACCCCGACUUACAGAAUUUAUUUAUUUAUCGUACCUGAAUUUAAGUUAACUACUCAUUAAAAUAAAUGAAUUAUU